AUGAUAUUAGGGUGGGUCCACACGCGCGGCUGGGCACUGAUUGAAGACGCAUCGGGCUCUUUAUCGGUUCGGCACACGACGCGCGGCACUUUAACCCGCUAUGCUGGACGAACGCGCGCCUGCGACGGGCCUGGUCGCCUUUGCUAUCGUCUAUCUCACAUUUUUCUGGACAAUGUACUCCUCACUGUGCUCGUACCGAUCAUCCCCGAUUGGGUCCGGGGCGAGUCGCUGGCGCUUUGGGCCACUCACGACGCACCACUAGUCAAGUUCCUGAACACCACAGUGAAUAAAAUCACCAACGCGGAAGAGGAUGAAGGGGUGGGGGGCUCUCAAGCGGCUGUUGGGGCAGUGCUGGGUGCCAAAGCAGCUGCACAGCUGCUGACUGCUCCAUUGGCAGCUUCUGCUGUCACUCGUCGAGGACCUGUUCCAGUGUUGCGCGCGGCCACCGUACUCCUGGCAACUUCAGCGGCUGUGUUCGCUUGGUGCGCGAGGGUGGGCAGCGCGGCGUGGGGCGCUGGUCUGGGGAGGAUCGUCCACGGUGCCGGCGCGGCCCUGGCGGGGGUGUCCGGCCUGGCAUUGGCGGCUGCCACGCCACCACCGCGCCGGGACCGCGCCGUGGCGGCUCUCCUAGGCGCUGUCGCUCUCGGUGUAUUAGUCGGAUAUCCGUUUGGAGGUUCGGCUUAUACGCUUUGGAGUCCAGCGGCGCCCUUCCAGCUUCUGUGCAUCUCUUUACUCUUGGACCUUGGAUUGCAGUAUGUGUGCCUCGGAGGAGUAGACUAUAACCAAAUCCAUGCCGAGGUUGUGAACAACAACGAAAUUCAAGCGGAGCCCGAAGCGGUGUGGAGGGUGGCGCGGAGAGGGGCUGCGGCUGAGUGCGCCGGUACCGUUCUCCUCACCACCAGCGUGAUGGCGGCGCUGGAGCCCUGCCUGCCGCUCUGGAUGCUGCACAAGUUCCACCCGAAGCGGUGGCAGACAGGCGCCGCCUUCCUACCAGACAGCUUAGGCUACCUGAUAGCUACAAGCUCGCUUGGUGAAGUAACGAAAUACGUGGGUGCCGAACGGGUGGCGUUGCUUGGCCAAGUGGCAGUCGGAUUGGCGGCCUUGGCAGUACCAUACGCUACCUCAGUGUGGGCCCUCGUGCUUCCCCAGCUCUGCCUGGGCGUGGGCCUGGGCGCCGCCGACGCCGCGUUGGCGCCAGCCCUGCUCGCUCGUCGGCCACGAAGAGUGCCACAGCUGGCCGCAUUGCUCCAAGCUGCCGCCAGCGCGGCAUACGCUCUAGGUCCAAUAGUGGGCGGGGUGCUGUCUUGGGCAGUGGGAUUUGAGACGGCGCUACGGGCCCUCGGCGUAGCGAACCUACUCUACGCGGUCGUUCUCUACAAAGCUCUACGAGAGCAUCCGCUCUCCGCACAGUGGGGGGCGGGGACUCCCACGGACAUCGACAGCGACGAAGAAGUAGCCGAGCUCACACCUCUGCGU